UUGGGCUUGUGAAAUAAACACGGCAGCUCCGGUAUCGACAGGUUAUAAAAGCUAGCCUGCUUGUACGUUAACUCUAAGAAGACACUGGAAAUAUCUGGUCAGGAGCUGCAGGAUGACACGUUGAUUUGCUUGUUAAAUAUGGCCAUCAGGAAUGCUGCGCUGUCCUGAGAAGGUGGGUGAGGAGGAAGAGAAGGAGGAGGAGGGUCUGAGUUGACGGGCCUGCUUGGCUGUCCACAUUGUGUUGUGUGAUUUCGGCUUCACCUCAAGUCUCCCCACUAGCAUGGAUCAGGACUACGAGAGAAGGCUGCUUCGGCAAAUCGACUUCCACAAUGUAGCAGACAACAUCCCAUCUUCAUCUGCGUCUGUGAACUCUCUAGCCAGUCUGCACAAAACAGGAGAUCGCUUCAUACCAGCCAGGGCCGGGUCCAACUGGAGCAUCAACUUUCACACCAUAAACGAGAACGGAAAAUCUCCAAACCAGAACAGAAAGUCAAAGGAAGCCAAUUCAGACAGCGGAAAAGCAGACAGUGUUGCCUACGCUGCGCUGCUAAAGAACGAGCUACUGGGAGCCGGCAUUGAGAAGGUGACUGACCCCCAGACUGAGGACCGCCGCUUCCAGAUGCCCAUGCAGGAGCGCAGCAACCUGUUCAGGUAUGCUUUGAACUGCAAGAAAGCACCAGUUGACGACGGCAAUGAAAUCUCUCCCUACUCGCUGUCCCCCCUCAGCAAUAAAAGUCACAAGCUGCUGCGCUCUCCGCGGAAGCCCACCAGGAAGAUCUCAAAGAUUCCCUUCAAGGUGCUGGACGCUCCGGAGCUGCAGGAUGAUUUCUACCUCAAUCUGGUGGACUGGUCCGCCUCAAACGUGCUGAGUGUGGGGCUGGGGGCCUGCGUCUACCUGUGGAGCGCCUGCACCAGCCAGGUGACGCGGCUGUGUGACCUGUCGGUGGACGGGGACUCUGUGACGUCGGUGUGCUGGAACGAGAGGGGGAACCUGGUGGCUGUGGGAACGCACAAGGGCUACGUGCAGAUCUGGGACGCUUCGGCCGGGAAGAAGCUGACCUGCCUGGAAGGGCAUUCGGCCAGAGUGGGAGCGCUGGCCUGGAAUGCAGAGCAGCUGUCGUCGGGCAGUCGGGACAGGCUCAUCCUGCAGAAGGACAUCCGCACCCCACCCCUGCAGGUAGAGCGCAGGCUGCAGGGGCACCGGCAGGAGGUCUGCGGACUCAAGUGGUCUCCGGACCACCAGCACCUGGCCUCGGGUGGCAACGACAACAAGCUGUUUGUUUGGAAUAACUCCAGCCUGAGCCCGGUGCAGCAGUACACUGAGCACCUGGCUGCGGUGAAGGCCAUCGCCUGGUCCCCCCACCAGCACGGGCUGCUGGCUUCUGGGGGGGGCACUGCUGACCGCUGCAUCCGCUUCUGGAACACGCUGACCUGCCAGCCCUUGCAGUGUGUCGACACGGGGUCCCAGGUGUGCAACCUGGCCUGGUCCAAGCACGCCAACGAGCUGGUCAGCACUCACGGCUAUUCUCAGAAUCAGAUCCUGGUCUGGAAGUACCCCUCACUCACACAAGUUGCCAAACUCACAGGACAUUCCUACAGAGUCCUCUAUCUGGCUAUCUCUCCCGAUGGGGAGGCGAUUGUGACCGGCGCCGGGGACGAGACCCUGCGGUUCUGGAACAUCUUCAGCAAAACCCGAUCCACCAAGGAAUCCAAAUCCGUCCUGAAUCUCUUCACGAGGAUUCGAUAGGGAGGGAGGGAGAGCGGGCUCCGUCGGACCACAGCAGUGUAUGCUUGGAAGCAGAGAAAGCCUUGUUCUGACAGCACUGGGCAGAGAAAGGGCCUCUAACCCCGCCAAGCAAGCGGUCAACAAUACCGACUCAGCCGCCUGGACUCUGCAGUGCCACAGUCUAGAGCUGACCAGUGAAGCCAUGGCCAGUUCCCAGCUCAUUACUUACUGGUUUGCCAGUGAAAUAGUCUACUGGUUUUUUGUUUUGUUUUUUUGUAUUAUUUUAAUCUAUUUGGGUUCUAGUUAGACACAUUUUUUUAAAAGGCACUAGAAAAAAACAUACAAUUAUUUUAUUGUAUGGACAGUUAUUAUAACAAAGGAGGUAUUUUACUUUGAUUUCCAUGGAUCUGUCUCCAAGGUGUUCUGCCUGACAGUGUGUAUGCAAUAGCAGACUUCUUCCUCUUGUAUCUUUCCAUACCCUUGCAGCUGGAAAAUGAAUAUCCCUGAAACUGCACCCUGCGCGAGAGUGUAAUGGAAUGAAACAGUGCUGCAAUACAUCUACCUGUGAGCCCUUUGAGGACUGUGGCUUUUUUAAGCAAAUUUUUAUUAAUUAAAUCAAGUUUGCAGUUCUUGAAACCCUGUUUUAGAAAAAGCUUAUCAUUUUUCAAAGCACAGUUUGACAUAGGAUAAUGUUUAUCACUCUUCAAAACAGUUCUUAAAAAAAAAAAAAAUGAAAUAAACAAACAAAUAAAAUAGGCAGUUUGGUGACAGCACCCUGUAAAAGCAGAGGCUUGUCUGUAAUGAAACCACCCUGUAUAACAGCAAAAAAAAAAAAAUCAGUAGACCAACCACGCUCCUAGUUUGUGCAAAGGUAGCCUCUUUCUCUCCUCAUCAAAGUAAGAAACUCUGAACACUAACUAAUCCUACUGUACCCAAGUUGUUUCUGUGCUAUUUCAAUAACAAACCAGUGUUGAGAUAAUAUUCAGCCUGGUGUCACUGCCCAUUUUCCAUUGGCUAAAUUACUCCUAAAGCUACACAGUUUCAGGGAGAUUCAGUCCUCCUUCCGGACCUACAGGCUGUAAUAAGUAUGCAUUAUUUGCAUAGUGAGAAGUCUGCAGCGAGCAUAUCACCUGUUAAAUCUCUAGUGUGACUAUAUGGGCCAGAACUAAACUAGGAUGUGAUUGUUUCAGAGGAACCUCACAAAAGUGAACAAGUAUAGCAUUUUCCUACUACCAA